AUUAUUAUUAUUGUUAUAAUAAUAAUAAUAAUAAUAAUAAUAAUAAUAAUAAUAAUUAUUAUUCUGAUUCUCUCUUGUAUAGACAAUUAAAACACAACGCAACAUUCAAUAGUAUACAAAAACACAUAAAAGAAUCUAAUAUAAACAAAAAUAGAACCAACAAUAACACAAUUUCAAACAAAAUUUCACUCUUAAAAAACAAUAACAAUAGUACAAAUACAAUAACAAAUUACAAUAAUAAUGUAGACACAAACAACCAACAAGUUAACUUCAAAAACAACUGGCUAAUUAAUAAAUCUAAUAUCAACAUUCCAGAUAAUAUAAAAACAAUAUUACAACUAGGCCACAAACAUUGCAUUCCGUACACUAAAGAUACAUUUCCAACUUACCAAUUUAUUGCCGAUUUUGAAAAAAACAUUCACUUAAUAGACCAAGACAAAAGAGAACAGGAAAGAAAUAAAUUCAUACAGACAUUAAACACAACAAAGAACAACCUUAAAUCCACUGCAGACAAUAAUAACAUCGAUACAAUAUCAAUAAAAAAGUUUCUAAAAGAUAAUCCUAACGUUAUGGUAACUAGAGCAGAUAAAGGUAAUAUAACAGUAGUACUAGAAAAAACAGAUUACAAUAGAAAAGUAACAGAAUUAUUAGAAGACAAUAAAUUUUAUGAAAAAGUUAAACACAUAGAUUACAAUAGACUAUUACAAAGAAAAAACAAUGACCUUGUCAACACUUGGCUUAGACUAAAACACAUUGACAAGGACACAAAAAAUUUCCUUGUUACUCACAAUAGUACAUUACCAAGAGCAUACGCAUUACCUAAAAUUCAUAAACCUAACAUGCCCUUUAGAAUUAUCAUCUCUUCAAUAAACUCACCGAUUUACAAUCUAAACAAAUGGUAUACAAAUAUUUUAAACCAAACAAGAAAAAAACAACCUACUGAUGUCAAAAACAGUUUUGAAUUUAAAAAAGAAAUAGACAAACUUAAUAACAUUCCUUUAGAUUACACAUUAAUAUCCCUAGACGUAGUAUCAUUAUUUACAAACCUACCAUUAAAAUUAGUUAAAGCUAUUUUGAGAAAAAAUUGGGACAGAAUAUCAAAAAUUACUAAAUUACCAAAGACACAUUUUUUCAAUGGUUUAGAUUUGUGUUUAGAUAAUACAUAUUUUACAUUUCAAAAUACUAUAUACAAACAAAAAUUUGGAUCACCAAUGGGUGCUCCAAUAUCACCAAUACUAGCAGAUUUCGUAAUGGACCAUUUAGUUGAAGAUAGGUUAAACAAAAUCACCUUUGAUAUUCCGUUUUUUAAGAGAUAUGUGGAUGACAUAUGCACUUGUAUUCCAAAAGACAAAAUAGACGAAUUUCUAAGAAUAUUCAAUAGCUAUCAAGAAAAAUCCUUACAAUUUACAAUAGAAUUAGAAAACAAUAACGAAAUUAGCUUUCUGGACACUAAAUUAAUCAAACAAAACAAUAGACUCAUAACAAAUUGGUAUAGAAAACCGACUUGGUCGGGACGCUAUAUCAACUUUAAUUCCAAUCAUCCAUUAUCUCAAAAAAUCGGAAUAAUAUAUCACUUAGUAGACAAAGCCUUUUAUCUAGGUGAUAAACAAUUUAACAAUCAAAACUUGGAAAUUAUAAAAAAAACAUUAUUACAUAACGACUUUCCGGCAGAAUUCAUUUCAAAUAAAAUAGAUAAAAGAUGGAAAUUUUUAAUAGACAAGAAAAACCGCAAACCAAUUCAAACAAAAAACACAAAUCUAGACUAUUCAAAAACUGUCAGCUUCAAUUACAAUCCAUCGACAAAUAGGAUAAUUAAAAACAUAUUCAGCAAAUAUCACAUUCCCAUUGCUUUCAAAAACAAUGAUAAUCUAUUGGAAUAUUACAAUGAUGGUAAAGAUAAAAUAGACAAAGAUUUAAAAUCCGGCCUCAUAUACCAAAUUAAUUGUUUAGAUUGUAACUCAGCAUAUAUCGGACAAACAGGUAGAUGGAUUAAAAGCAGAGUCUCAGAACACAAAGUAGAUAUCAAAAAACCAAGUCAUUUACACACACAACUAACAAUACACAGACUAGAUUACGACCACAAUUUUGAUUUUGACCACUAUAAAAUUCUUAAUUACGAAAAUAACUACAACAAAAGGAAAAUUUUAGAAAGUAUCUAUCUAGAAAAACACAAAAAUAUCGUUGUCAAUAAAAGAAAAGAUACAGAACAUAUAAAUAGUAAUUACUCUGCUUUAAUCAUUAACUCGCACAUAUAAUAUUAUUUAAAACCUAAUCAACGAUAGUUACCAUACAGAAAUUUAUAAUAUUCACAACUGAUUAUCUAGAAAUACUACAUACAGAAAAAUAAUAUUUACCAUACAAUAUUAAAGAAAUCGACAUUAUCUACGAGCACCCGCUGUUGGUUGUGGAUAUAGUAGGCGUUUGUGUUGACUGUGUGUAUUUAUCCAUAUACACACAUCCGAAAGCAUCCACUUAGUGCAUUUGCAACCGCAUGGUGAUUAGUAGAUUGUUGAUUAAAAACAAGUUAUAACAAAAACACUUGAAAAAUAAUGGACAAAAAAAUAUUUAGAUAUUUAAAAAUAUUGAAACAGGAAUUAUAUACAACAAUAAUCACUUCUAAAUUAAAACUUUAUGUAAAUAAAACACAUAACCUACAAAUUAUAUUAUUGUAAAUACAAACUAAAUUAUUAUUAAUAUUGACAUCAACAAAAUAUUAUAUGGGUCUGAUGAUGUUAAUUACCAUUAACGAAACGUUACCCGCUAAAUAAAUUAAUUGAUGUCAAUUCAGAAGAUCAG